AUCAAUUUCAAGAAAGAAAAGUGAAGAACGAAAUGGGAAAUCCACAUGUUUUGGUUAUACCUUGUCCAGCGCAGGGUCAUGUGAUUCCUUUAAUGGAGCUUUCACAAUGCUUAGUCAAACAUGGAAUCAGAAUUACGUUUGUGAAUACAGACAAUAAAAUCGUGAAUGUGCCAUCAACAAAGAAUGGUGAAAACAAUCAAAUUCAUCUUGUUUCGGUUUUUGUAGGACUGGAUUCUCCAGAACCUGAGAAGUUGGUUGAAGGAGUAUUAAAGUUUAUGCCAAGGAAAGUUGAGGAGCUCAUUGAAAAUAUUGAUUUAUCAGACAGUGAUAAGAUCACUUGUGUUCUAACAGAUGACUUACAUAGCUGGCCCAUGGAAAUUGCAGUGCAGAAGGGAAUCAAGGGAGCUGUCUUCUAUCCUUCAGCAGCCACACAAUUGGUCUUCGGAUCUAACGUCCAGAAGUUGAUAGAUGAUGGAGUUAUCAAUAAUGAUGGAACAACAAAGAAACAAGUGUUUCAGUUGUCACCAACCAUGCCUACCAUGAGUACAGACCAUUUGUGGUGGACCAGCUAUAAGAACACGAAAUUGACAAAAAUGGUAUUUGAUAAUAUGGUUAGAUGCAACAGAUCAAGAAAAUUGGCAGACAAGAUACUCUGCAAUUCAACUUAUGACCUGGAAGCGGCAGCAUUUGACAUGAAUCCAAAUAUCAUACCAAUAGGCCCACUUUUGGCAAGCAGCAGAUGUGAAGACACAGGAGGAAGCUUCUGGCAAGAAGACUUCAAUUGUUUCAAAUGGCUUGACCAACAGCAACCACAAUCAGUGAUAUACAUUGCAUUUGGCAGUUCAACUAUUCUUGAUCGAAAACAGUUCCAUGAAUUGGCCUUGGGACUUGAACUCUCCAACAGACCAUUCCUCUGGGUUGUGCGUCCUAAUAUUAUUGAUGACAUGAGUGAUGCCUAUCCAGAAGGAUUCUUAGAUAGAGUGGCUAGUCGUGGGCAUAUAGUUAGUUGGGCACCUCAACAGAAAGUCCUUGCGCAUACUUCCAUUUCUUGCUUCUUAAGCCACUGUGGCUGGAACUCCACUAUGGAAGGUGUAAGCAAUGGAUUACCUUUCUUGUGCUGGCCUUAUUUUGCUGACCAGUUCCUCAACCGGACCUACAUUUGUGAUAUUUGGAAGGUCGGAUUGGCAUUUACUAAAGAUGAAAAAGAAGUCAUCAGAAGAGAAGAAAUCCGAAGUAAAGUGGAUCAGCUGUUAGAUAAUGCGGAGUACAGAACAAGGGUUUUGCAUCUCAAGGAAAUAGUCAUGAACAACAUCAAAGAAGGCGGUUGCUCUUACAAAAAUUUUAUGAAUUUCAUUGAAUGGAUAAAGGAAUAAGUAAUGUACUACAGCUUUCUUGUCAGAUUGCAUAUAGUAAUUUGUCUAAGGUUAUUUUGCAAUUUUCAUACAAAUAAAAUGGUUUCCUUUUGGUCUGCUUGCA